AUGGCCACGCUGCUGGUGCACGCCACCCUGGCCUCGACGCUGUCGCGGCUCAUCGGCCGCCUGCAGACGGCGACCGUGGUGCUCAACCUGGCCCUGAUAGUGGCCACCGUCGUGGCGCUGCUGCUGGGCACCCGCAGCCGCGGCGGCGGCAACGACGCCAGGGUCGUCUUCGCCGAGGUCCAGAACCUCACGGGCUGGUCCCUGAUCCUCGCCUUCCUGUCGCCCAUCUGGACGGCUGGUGGCUACGACUCCUGUGUUCAUAGUGAGUUGGCGGGAACCCCUGAUGUUCGGAGGUGCAUGUGUGAAAGCUCACGAGAGAAGCUGGAAAUAGUGUCAGAGGAAGCAUCCAACGCCGCGAGGGCUGUCCCGCUCGCCAUCAUGUUGUCGGUAGGGUUGAGUGGACUGCUGGGCUUCGUCGUCGUCGCCGCGAUCGCUGCCUGCAUCACUGACGUCGAGGCUGUUCUUGCAACGCCGUUUGGCCAGCCGGUACGCCGACUAUCUCUACCCCUUUUAGAUGCCUACAUCUACUACCAGUCCGCCCUCGGGGGGGAAGCUAAGCCAAUCAAAAAAAAAAACAAAAAAAAAAAACAGAUGGCGCGGGUAUACUACGACGCCCUCGGCAAACAGGGCACCCUAGCCUUCAUGGCCCCCCUCCUGGCCGCCCAGUUCUUCAUGGGGCUAGCGGUGUUGGUCGUUGCCUCGCGCCAGGCCUGGGCUUUCUCGCGCGACGGGGCGCCGCCUUUUUCUACGUUCUUGAGGCAGGUUUCCAAGCGGUUCGGCUACAUCCCCCUCCGCGCCAUAUGGGCCGUCAUCCUCGCCGCCCUCCUGAUGGGCCUGCUCUGCCUGAUCGCGCCCGCCGCCGCCGCCGCCGCCGCCGCGCUCUUCUCGCUCGGCGUGGCGGGCCAGUACGUGGCCUUUGGCGUGCCUAUCGCGGCGCGCGCCGCCGGAGGGGGCGGCGGCGACAAGUUCCGGUCGGGGGCCUUCUACACCGGGCGGCGGCUGUCGAGGCCCAUCGCGGCGGUCGCGGCGGCCUUUUGCGCCAUUGUGAUUGUGCUCUGCAUGUUCCCGCAGGCCGGGCCGGCCCCCGCCCCCGAGGGCAUGAACUACACCGUCGUCGUGGGCGGCGCCGUCUGGCUGGGCGUGUCGCUGUACUAUGCGGCGAGCGCGCGGAAGUGGUAUCGUGGGCCGAGGGCGACGCUGCGGGUCGUGGAGGGGGCGAGGGCGGCGGCUGAGUGAUGUGUGUGGUGGGUGCGGCGUUGGAGGCCUGGGGCGGUAGAUUCGAAUGCUGCCUGGCUUGGAAGCGGGGGAAAUGUUGUGCCCGCAAAUUUGGACAACGUGCGGCGCGUGGUCCAGGUGAAUGGAAGGUGCACAGCAUUCAAUUUCUUUGCAUUCAGGGGAAAUCUGCCUAGAAUAGUGUUGUAAUGUGAUGUUGCGCGUGACGGAGUUGCGUGACUGGAAAUGGAAGCAUGAUGGUCUCGCACUGGCCUUCACACACACACACUG